AACAUUCCUUAUAACUUGUAAGACGAUAAGGAGCCAGGGCGACAGGUAGCCUAGCUGUUAAGUGUUGCUGGUUCGAGUCGACUAGGUGAAAAAUAUGCCCAUGUGCCCUUGAGCAAGGCUCGUGACCUUAAUCUGGAUAAAGAGCAUCUGAUAAAUUACUAAAAUGUAAAAAUGAGCCUGGACACAGACACACCCAUCAAUAGCACAGGGCGACUAGUGUUUACCUUUUUUUGACAAAAUCCAGAGGUCCUGCCACCAGGCGAUGGUGUGUUCACCAGUGAUACCAUUGAGGUUGAAAAACGAGUGAGACCAGUCACUGGUUACGGUUCUUUAUUCGUGUCACUGGAGACCACUGUCGGGCAACGGAAUGCAUUGCGCAUUUCCCGAGUGCUAGAGUGUGUAGGUAGGUGGUGGUGGCUGCAUGAGAGCAAGUGAACGAAGUGUCUCAUGCACAACAACGCCUCAGUAUCCCCGAAAUUAAGACUUAGCUGGAGAAACAUUGACCCCCAAAUCGAUUUGGAUAUGUCGGUCCGCACGCGGACAGGAUUUUACCGUCAGGAGGUAAACAAAACGGCAUGGGAGGUUCCAGAGCGAUACCGUGAGCUAAAGCAGGUGGGGACUGGCGCGUAUGGGACAGUAUGUUCCGCCCAGGACCACAGGACUGGGGUGAGGGUGGCCAUCAAGAAGCUCCACAGACCCUUCCAGUCAAAGCUCUUCGCCAAGAGGGCCUACAGAGAGCUCCGGCUCCUCAAGCACAUGAAGCACGAAAAUGUGAUUGGACUGCUGGAUGUGUUCACUUCUGAGAUCUCAUUGGACAGGUUUCAUGACUUUUACCUGGUAAUGCCAUUCAUGGGUACUGAUCUGGGGAAACUGAUGAAGAUGGAGAGAUUGUCACAGGAGAGGGUGCAAUUCCUUGUCUAUCAAAUGCUGAAAGGACUCAAGUAUAUCCACUCUGCAGGGAUCAUCCACAGGGAUCUCAAACCUGGAAAUUUAUCUGUCAACGAAGACUGUGAGCUGAAGAUCCUUGACUUCGGGCUGGCUCGGCAGACAGACACAGAGAUGACGGGGUACGUCGUCACUCGCUGGUACAGAGCCCCAGAAGUAAUCCUCAAUUGGAUGCACUAUACCCAGACUGUGGAUAUCUGGUCGGUGGGCUGCAUCAUGGCGGAGAUGUUGCUGGGGAAGCCGCUGUUCAAAGGAAAUGACCACCUGGACCAACUGAAAGAGAUCAUGAAGAUUACUGGUACACCCACUGCAGACUUUGUUACGAAGCUACAAAGCCAAGAUGCCAAAAACUACAUACGGAGCCUUCCCAAAGUACUAAAGAAAGAUUUGCACUUUCUUUUCUCCAAAGCUAGCUCAGAAGCGGUGUGUGUGCUGGAGCGCAUGCUGUUGCUGGACCCUGAGAGGCGGGUGAGUGCGUCGGAGGCGCUGGCCAUGCCCUUUUUCAGCGAGUUCAGAGAACCAGAGGAGGAGACUGAGGCCCAGCCCUACGAUCACUCCAUGGACAACACAGACCUGCUCCUGGAGCAGUGGAAACGUCACACAUUCACAGAGAUUCUGUCCUUCAGGCCUGCAGCAACAGAGACCAAGGACCCCAAAGAGACAUCACUCUGAGAGUACACACAUACCUCUCAAUACCUGUCAAUGAUGAUUAUAAGGCAUUGUUGUAUUGUUGUACAGAUGUAAUGCGAAUCCAAUGUACAGAAUGUAGUUUAUUGAUUGUAAAUGGAUUUUUUGACAAACAUUUUUGAAGAUAUUGUCAGUCUUGUGUAAUUGUGGAUCUGCUGUAACAGCCAACCAAUGAGCCCCUGGGAAAGAAAUUAUUACUUGCUUCCCCGUAAACCAUGAGAAUGACUGUAAGCUAAGACAUCAAAUGUUCAUCAAUAAAAGGCAACUCUAAAAUGAUCAGUUUUGUCACAUAACAAUGCCACAGAUGUCUCAAGUUUUGAGGGAGUGUGCAAUUGGCAUGCUGACUGCAGGAAUGUCCACCAGAGCUGUUGCUAGAGAUUUUAAUGUUAAUUUCUCUACCAUAAGCUGCCUCCAACGUCGUUUUAGAGAAUUUAGCAGUAUGUCCAACCGGCCUCACAAUCGCAGACCACAUGUAAGCACGCCAGUCCAGGACCUCCACAUCCGGAUCCUUCACCUGCCAGAUAGUCUGACACCAGUCACCUGGACAGCUGAUGAAACUGAGUAUUUCUGUCUGUAAUAAAGCUCUUUUGUGGUGAAAAACCCAUUCUGAUUGGCUUGGCCUGGCUCCCAGGUGGAUGGGCCUACACUCUCCCAAGCCCACCCAUGGCUGAGCUCCCUGCCCAAUCAUGUGAAAUCCAUAGAUUAGGGCCUAAUGGAUUUCAAUUGACUGAUUUCCUUAACUGUAACUCAGUUGUUGAAAUUGUUGCAUGUUGCAUGUUUGUUCAGUAUAAUGUGAAUUGACUGAAAUAUUUUUUAGACUGCAAUACACCUGCUCAAACACUGGAAUUACCCACGUACGUAGGCUAAGGUCCAGCAAGGACAAAGAUCACCUCUGUCUAUAAAUGGAGCAUCAACCUUGCUGAUUUUAGUUUGGGCCCCUCAAAAGCCAUGAAGAGAGCCAACGUCUUUAUUCUGCUUCUUGCUGGUGUGUUGGUCAACGGAAAAGGUAUGCUUUAUGUUACAUACCUCCGCUGGCAGAACAGCUAUGACCAGCCUUUGGAUUUUAAUUGCCCAUCAGGACAAUCCAUCUCUCGCAUAGUGAGUGAGCAUAACAACAAACAUGAAGACCGUAUCUGGGAAUUUGGGUGCAAAGCCACGUUUGACUCAGCAACUAACUGCUUCACAUCUUCCUACGUAAAUGACUUCGACAAACCUUUCAACUACCAAUGCCCAAG